UCGCGAAGUUUUAAAUGCUGUUUGUUUUCCGGUUUAGUAGGAGGUUCCUUGUGGAGUGUUUAUAUUAUUGUUGAAAAAUGCAGAAUGUGAUCAAUGCUGUAAAAGGAACAGCCCUUAACGUCGCUGAGAAAUUCACACCUGUAUUGAAAGAAUCCAAAUUCAAGGAGACCGGAGUAAUAACCCCAGAAGAGUUUGUGGCAGCAGGGGACCACCUGGUACACCACUGUCCCACCUGGCAAUGGUCAACCGGUGACGAGUCCAAAGUGAAGCCCUACCUCCCCAAAGAGAAGCAAUACCUCAUUACUAGGAAUGUGCCAUGUUACAAACGAGUUAAACAAGUGGACAGUCAUAAAGAGGAACAAGAAAAAGUGAUAGAGGCAGACGAUGAAGAUGGGGGAUGGGUAGAUACGCAUCAUUUCCCAGAUCCUGGUACAACAUCACUACAGGACGCUGUACAGGAAAUGACCUUGGAUGGCAAGGGCAAGGAUAGGAAAUCAUCAUCUGAGGAAGUAAAGAGAUCGGGUGACGAUGAUGAUGAUGAUGACGAUGAUGAUGAGGAAGCGAUGGACAUGGAAGCGUUUGAACAGAGUGGAAUGUUAGAUGAGGAAGAUGAUGCUGCCUUAGACCCCUCCACCCUUGGUCGACAAGAUUCGGAGAGUGCGGCCACAGAGAGUGGGAUUCUACAAACACGGACCUAUGAUCUCAACAUCACAUACGACAAGUACUACCAGACGCCGCGCCUCUGGCUGUUUGGAUAUGAUGAGAACCGUAAACCCCUCACUGUAGAACAGAUGUAUGAAGACUUUAGUCAAGACCACGCCAAGAAAACUGUCACCAUGGAGGCCCACCCUCACCUCCCUGGGCCCCCUUUGGCAUCGGUCCACCCCUGCAGACAUGCUGAUGUGAUGAAGAAGAUUAUACAGAUGGUUGCAGAGGGAGGAGGAGAUCUUGGUGUUCAUGUCUAUCUGAUGAUUUUUUUGAAGUUUGUACAGGCAGUGAUUCCAACAAUAGAGUACGACUUCACCCGAGACUUCACCAUGUGACCUGGGUCCAUCACAUGACCAUCAUGUGACUUUUUCAAACAAGCAAUGCCAUAUUUUGUCAUUUACUUUCUGUGACCAGUGGAUUCCAUUGAUUACUGUUAACAUCUGAUGGAGUGGGACAGGAUUGUGUUAAUUUAUUGUUACUUGUACAGUGCUCUUGUCUGUGACUGUUGAAUGUUAAUAAUAUUGUGUUCCGAUGUAUAAGGUAACUACAUACAGCAAGACUGGUCUGCUAUCGUUUACAUGUGUAAGCACCUCACAAGUCAUAAUAAAUUCAUUGAACAAAACCGA